AUGUCCCUCUUAACAGUAGAUCCGUCGCCGCUCAACGACCCGCAGGCGUACCUUUCCCUCUUCAAGUUCAACCGCAAGCUGCCAAAAUGCCCGCGAACAGGCCUCCCAGUAUCCUACUCUGACAUUGGAGAUCCAGACGGCAUCCCCGUGCUCUUUGUCCCGCCGUCAGGAUGUACCCGGUGGUUCAGUGCGCCGCAGGACCCGCUCGCGGCAGGGUUUGGCCUGCGUCUCAUCACGGUCGACCGGCCUGGCAUUGGUGCGGUGCCACCUGUUCCUCUAGCGGAUCGCAUUGGCACCAGCUGCAUGAUGAUCGAAUCGGUUCUCGAACAUCUUGGCGUCAAGGUCGCGCAUGUACUUGCCACGUCGGCAGGCGUGUACUGCACGGUCCGCCUGUUGUCUUCCCACCCGGGUAUCUUUCUCACCGGGUUGAAUCCCCCGCCGGCGGUGUACCUUGUCUCGCCAUGGUCGCCACCGCUGCCGGCGAGUGAUCCUUUGGCAUACCGCCAGAUGCUGGACUGGGUCCCGAGUCGCGUGUUGGCCACGCAGGACAUAACGCUGCCCUAUAUCGUCCCUGCGGUCAAGUCGAUGGAGGAUGCCUAUGGUGCGACGAGCCGGGCAGUUGGAUCGGCGCUGGGUGCUGUCAAGUCGUGGUGGGGCGGACAGCCUGCACCGCAAUCGACAGAAGCUGCUCCUCAGACAGUUCCAAAUCCGGAUGCCGAUGGGAUCCCUGUGCCAGAAGAGGAGCUGGAAACAGGCGAAGACGAAGCUCCCAGGGGCAGGCUAUGGGCGCCGAGUGCGAAAUACUUGACGAUGGACUAUCUUUAUGCGGAAGACUUCAGCGGCAUCGGGCAGGAGUACCUCCUCUGCCUGAAUCGCGGCGCCCAAGAUUCCGGCCCAGAGUGGUUCAAGGCCGAGCUCGAGAGCGUUGCGGCGUCCGUCCGUGAUGCCCAGGACCCCAAGGUCUCUGUCAAGCUCGAUAUCAUGGUGUGGUGGGGCGAGCAGGACGGCAUGGUGCCGGUGAACGGGAGGACCUGGCUCAACAAGGCAUUGUCGGCGCACCCGAAGGAGAUUCGCUUGAUGGUGAACAACGUGCCAGAUGGUGACCACAGCGACUUGAUGCUCCGCGCUGCGGGCAUUGGAGAAGUGUACACCAUGAUUAUGACGCAGGGUGACAGUACGGACCCGAAGUUUAGGGACGCUGAGGCGCUCGCAAUGGAAUCUGCUGCGGCUGCUGCCGCGGAGGCGAAGGAGGCAGAGGCCAGUGCAAAGGCAUAGGUCGGCAAAUCGCGGAGCCCGGACGCUACUUCAGUGGAAUGAGGUCAGCAUAGACAGAUGUAGCCCUAGACAAGAUGUAAAG